UCUUGUGUUAUUUUACAUUUGUCAUGAUGCUGUACACGACUACAUUCCUUCUCCUGUCUGUCAUCGGACUAAUUAGUACAGAGUCUUGUGUCGGGAGGUGUGGGUUACCGCCAGAUUCUAACCACCAAUGUCAGUGUAACACAGCCUGUAAAACGUACAAUGACUGUUGUGAUGAUUAUGAUGCAUUCUGUUUAGGAGCUACAUGUUCCGGACGAUGUAAUGCUCUAGUUGACAGUUCCAAACCUUGUCAAUGUAACACAGCUUGUAUUUCUUACAAUGAUUGCUGUCCUGAUUACCAAUCAAUGUGUAAUGGAGGCGGCGGUUCUAACCCAGGAUGUGAUCUGAGUUGCCUUGCACAACAGCUAUGGGACAGCGACGUGAACAAAGUGUCUUUACUGGAUAUGAUCCAUAACUUCCAAGGGCAAACAACCUCUAGUGGAACUAAUGACUUGGCACCAAACAAAUUAUUCACUUACAUCAAUGAGAACCAUUUCAACUCAAAACCAACUUUCCAGAAAUUCAUAGCUUUAUUAGAUAACUAUAAUAGAAAUAUAGGACAGACAGAAGAGCUGACGACAGCAGAAUGGGCUGAGAUUGAAGAUUUCCUGACUACCGUUCUCCAGACACAAGUCAUGAAGCUGACCUAUGAUUAUCUACUGAACAAUGGACAUGUGACCGGAGAAGCUGACUUUAAAGAUGUCUUAAAAGAGUUAUGGUUUAACCUUUAUCCAAGGUCAAGCAGCAGCGGCACUGCAGUAGACAGCAGCGGAUUCGAGCACGCUAUGGUCGGAGAAACAAGAGGAACUGUUUCCGGAUUUCACAGUUGGAUCCAGUUUUAUUUAGAGGAGAAAAAGGGCAACCUCGACUACCAAGGAUGGGUUUCAAAGGCUGAUCCAGAAAUCAUGGGUGCAAAGUUCACAUGGUAUGGCCAGAUGAAGACAAAAGGUUCAUUCUUCAUGCGAGUAAGCCCUGAAUUUGACCUUGCCCUAUAUUCUGUGUGUGCCCUUACAAAACCCAACGCUAUCUGUUCUUUCACAAUGGCUGGACACAACAUCAGGAUACAGACAUGGGAUGUCGCCCAUAAAUCUGGUUCCCAAAUAGGAUCAGCUUAUCCGGCUAUCUAAUAUAUGUGAAGUCAAUACCAAUUGAAUAAAAAAAAAUGGCUAACUUAUAUCUAUG